UUUGGAUACAUUCAGAGCCAGUCCCUGGAGACGAGAGUCAAUCAGGUUGGCGGGGCUGACCUUGGCCCCAACAGCUCCCAGACUCAGAGCAGCGUCAGAGAGAGAGAGCUACCUGGCUCCUCACUCACUCACCCUCCAUGUGGCGAGGAGAAGGAGGUCUGGACCCCCUUCCUGACAGCUUCAUCUUGCAGCCACCAAUCUUUUUCCCGAUAAUCCCCUAUGUCACAACAAUUUUUGGUGGCCUUCACGCCAGGAAGAUGGUCAUGGUCCAGGGAGUGGUCCCACCUGAUGCUCAGAGGUUCCAGAUCGACUUCCAGUGUGGCUGUAGCCUGCAGCCCCGGCCGGACAUCGCCUUUCACUUUAACCCUCGAUUCUACACCAAUAAGCCCCAUGUCAUCUGCAACACCCUGCACUGGGGACAAUGGCAGCGGGAGGCUCGCUGGCCGGAGCUUCCCCUGGGCAAGGGGGACGCUUUCCUGAUCCUCUUCCUCUUUGGAAACGAGGAUGUAAAGGUGAGCGUGAAUGGCCAACACUUCCUCCACUAUCCCUACCGGCUCCCGCUGUCACGCGUGGACACCCUGGGCAUUUAUGGCCACGUUUUUGUGAAAGCUGUCGGAUUCCUGAAUAGCAAUCCCUUUGUAGAAGGUGGAACAGAGUACCCAGAGGGACAUCCUUUUUUACUGAAAAGCUCCAGACUGGCAGUUCCCUGCACUUGGCCUCUUCCCAGAGGUCUGUGGCCAGGACAGGUCAUUGUGGUUCGAGGUCUCAUCUGUCCCAACCCUCAGGAAUUCACUCUGAGCCUCCUGGAUGAUUCCAGCCACCCCGCCGUGAAGCUCGAGGCUUGCUUCAGGAAGAGAACGUUGGCUUGGAUCUCCCGGUGGGGCCGCAAGGAGCCCAUCUCGGCCCCUUUCCUCUUUCACCCUCGGCGCUUCUUUGAGGUCCUGCUCCUGUGCAGGGGCAACGGCUUCAUGCUAGCCCUGAAUGGGAAUGCAGUGGGGGCAGCCAGCCUGGGACAGCAGACUUUGGGGCGCCUCCGGGAGCUUCGGAUCAGCGGCAGUGUGGAGCUGUACUGCGUCCACUGCUAGAGGCCCACUGGAGCAUCCUAGCCCUAGGCCACCCCGGGGGCCCAUCAUGGGGUGCCUGGGCCUCCGUCAGCUAACCCCAACGGAUUCCCCAAUCUCACGCUGCCUUUGUUCCCCGGCCUGGCUUCAGAGGCACAGGGAUGCUGCCCUUCCCCCUAGGGGCACCCCGAUCAAACUACCCACAUUUCCCCAGGGAUGCAUGCCCGUUAAAUGGGUAGGGAGAAAACUGGCAUGAUUUUUCAGAGCAGAACGGAGAAGGGUUGGCAAGUUCCUGGCAGUCUGGGGUAAGGCUCUGCCAGUCCAGGGCACCGACAGAAGGAAUUCUGGGUAAGGCCCUGCCAGGCCAGGGUACC